UUGUUUAACACAUUUUACAGUUAUAAAAAUAGCAACAUCCAGGUGUGAUCAAUUUAGACAAAAAGUUAAAAUGAAAACUUUGCAAAGUGUAUCGGCAGUAUUGCGACAGACCAAACUCGUAAGCGAUGUCUUGCUUAAGGCCACUGGAAGCGGUAGUGUGCUCACGGCAAGAACCCAGCAUGCCAAAAGAGUCGUUCCCGGGGAGAUACCGCAACCCUCUAUACCGGUUAACUCGCACAACGAAUGGGAUCCACUUGAAGAAGUAAUUGUUGGUCGACCUGAUGGGGCAUGCGUUCCGCAGUUUACAACUGAAGUAAAGGCAAACACGAACGAGAAAUAUUGGGACUUUUACAAAAAAUACGGAGGAACACCUUUUCCCGACAAACAUAUUGAAAAGGCAAAGCAAGAAGUGGAGGAGAUGUGUAAUGUGUUACGUCAUGAAGGGGUCAUUGUUCGCAGGCCUGACGUCAUAAACUGGGAGAAAGAUUAUAAAACCCCCGAUUUUUCGUCACCAGUCGGUCUUUAUUCUGCCAUGCCUCGAGAUAUCCUGAUCGUGUUUGGGAACGAGAUCAUGGAAGCUCCGAUGGCUUGGAGGUCACGUUUCUUCGAAUACAGAGCUUACAGGUCCCUGUUAAAAGAAUAUUUUAAAGCCGGUGCAAAGUGGACAGCCGCACCAAAGCCGCUGAUGGGCGACGAAUUAUAUGACAAUACUUAUCCAAUUGAAAGUAUUGAAGACCGGCAUCGUCUUGCGAAGGAAGGCCGUUUCGUUACGACUGAAUUUGAACCCUGCUUUGACGCUGCUGAUUUUAUUCGGGCGGGUAGAGACAUAUUUGUACAGCGGAGUCAGGUUACUAACCACCUUGGUAUAGAAUGGUUGCGCCGCCACCUUGGACCUGAAUACAGAGUACACGAACUCACGUUCCAUGAUCCGAACCCAAUGCAUAUUGAUGCAACGUUCAAUAUUAUAGGACCCGGUCUUGUAAUUGCAAAUCCCGACAGGCCUUGCAACCAGCUAAAAAUGUUCGAAAAAUUUGGAUGGAAAAUCGUCCAAGCACCUAAACCGACGCUAUCGGACGACCAUCCGUUAUGGAUGUCAUCGAAGUGGUUAAGUAUGAACGUUCUUAUGUUGGAUGAGGACAGAGUUUUAUGCUCAAAAGUGGAAAAACCAAUCAUAAAAAUGUUUGAAAAAUUAGGUAUAAAAACUGUACAAGUAGAUAUCACUCAUGCCAACUCUCUUGGCGGUGGUUUUCAUUGUUGGACAACAGAUGUAAGAAGAAGAGGAGAGUUGCAAUCUUACAUUUAGAAUUCAUUUCAUUUUACUGUGAUGUAAACCCCCCAAUAAAGUUAUUUAGUAUAAAACUUUUUUUUUUGAAAUUCCAGCAUAUAAAGCGAACAUUUUUAAUUAUUUUUUUUAGUUCUCUUACUGUGAUUUUUUUUCAUAUCAAUAGCAUUCGUACAAUAUUAGAAAAUUUUUGAAACAUACGUCAAAAAAUGUCAAUACUUGAUUGUACAUAUAAACUACUUUAUUUCUGUCUAGCUUAUCCUAAAAUAAAAUUAGGUAAUAUUUGUAUAAUUCCAAUGUUUUUAAUAAUCUAAAUUUAAUACUUCCUAUGUUUUCAUUUUUUUUAAAUCAUUUAUUUUUAAUUUUUUCCUAAAACUGAGUUCAAAUAUAUUAUUUAUAACGAUUUUACAGUGCAGCACUGUACUGUGCCACAUGUACAUACAGCCAAUAAAAAUCCGAUAACAUUA